UACAUCUGACUCAAGUUUUGGUUUUAUUUAAAGUGAGAGAAAGUAUUGUAAGCAGGGCCAGCUGGUUUUUCUCAACUAGUUUUAACUCUCCCAAUUUUCUUCUCCUCUCUCUCUCCUCAAAAUUUUCCUUUUGUAGAUGAACCAAUCUUUAGACUCAUCACCUUCAAAACCUUAAUGAGUAUUCAAGAUUUCAUUUAAAUUAUCAUGUAAAUAUUGAGGAACAAAAAAAGAGUGUAAAACUUAGCCCUUUUUUCUUUGCAAAAAUAGUCUUUUUCCCCCUUUCUUGAUGAGCCUUUUUUCUUUGCAAAAAUAGCCUUUUUUCCUCUUUCUUGAUGGGUAGUGAAGUUGAGGAGGAAUAUAAAAAAGAGAAAAAUGAAACUUUGGUAUUUAGAGAGAAAAAUGGUUUGCACAAAAUCAAUACUUUCACUCAAAACUCUUCUAUUUUGGUUGGUUUUAGUAGUGAAAGUCUCUGUUCUCAUGUCUUCUUUUUAUAAGUGAAAAACCAAACAAAAAAAUAGGACAAGAACUCAAACUUAAAGCUUGCUCUUAGCUUCUCACUUUUUCAGCUCUGUUUCUCAGUUUUUGUACAGUUACUCUGCUCACUAAAUAAGCUUAAGAAUUCAAGAACUGAACUUUGAUCCCAAAAAAAGAAACAGAUAUAUUGAACUUUGGAUCAUCAAUUAUGAAAAGACCUUGUAGUUCUGAUUCUUUGGGUGCUUUGAUGUCCAUGUGUCCAAAUACUACAGAUGAGCAAAACCAUGUGUAUUCAACAAGGGACUUUCAGUCUAUGUUAUUAGAUGAAGAAGGAUGUAUUGAAGAAUCUGGUCAUAUUUCUGAGAAGAAAAGAAGACUAAGUGUUGAACAAGUAAAAGCUUUAGAGAAAAAUUUUGAAGUUGAAAAUAAACUUGAACCUGAAAGGAAAGUGAAGUUGGCUCAAGAACUAGGUUUGCAACCUAGACAAGUUGCUGUUUGGUUUCAAAACAGACGUGCUCGUUGGAAAACAAAGCAAUUAGAGAGAGAUUAUGGUGUUCUUAAAUCCAAUUUUGAUGCCCUCAAACAUAAUUAUGAAUCUCUCAAACAUGACAAUGAAGCUCUCUUGAAAGAGAUUCUUGAGCUGAAAUCAAAGGUGUAUACUGAGAAUGGAGAAAGCAAAGGUGUUGCAGUGAAAGAAGAGGCUAUGGAGUCUGAAAGUGAUGACAACAAAGUGAUUGAGCAGAGCAAGCCAAAUGAUAACGACAACAACAAUAAUAAUUUUCUUGAAAAUUUUGAAGAAGAUGAUGAAGAAGAAGAAAUCAAUUUUGAGAAUUUUAAUGUUGCUGCUGCUGCUACAUCUACCAAUAUUUUUGGUGAUAAUUUCAAAGAUGGAUCUUCAGAUAGUGAUUCAAGUGCAAUCUUGAAUGAAGAUAACAGUCCAAAUGCUGCUGCUAUUUCUUCAUCUGGUGCUUUCUUGAUUUCAACAAAUGGAAAUGGAAAUGGAAAUGGAUCUUCAACUUCAUUGAAUUUUUGCUUCCAAUUCACAGAAUCAAGUUCAAAAUCAAAUCUUGGAGAUGGCCAAAAGGGUAAUAAUAAUUAUUACCAGCCACAACAGUAUGUGAAAAUGGAGGAGCAUAAUUUUUUCAAUGGUGAAGAAUCUUGCAGUACUCUUUUCACAGAUGAACAAGCUCCUACACUUCAAUGGUACUGUCCUGAGGAUUGGAAUUGGAAAGAAUAAAGGAAAUGUCUUUUGGGAUCAAAUUUUUGUAUAGUGGCUAUAAGUGCAAACAUCAGUACAGUAAAUGGCCUAAUGGGUAAAUGUCCAGAUAUGAAAAAAGAAAAACUGAAGUUUUUGGAUUUUGCCCUAGUGGAGUGGGGGUGAAGGAGGAGGGGGGUGGCUCAGGUGGGGUAGGUGGUAGGGGUGAGGAAAGAAGGAAGAGUGUGAGUUGGAUCAGAAGUGUUCCCAAAGAUCUGAUCUUUUUUUACUGUUAAGGGGAGAGGAAAAAACUAAGUAAAAAUGGGAAGAAGAAGAAUUCCUGUUAUGGCAAAUAAAAGUGGCUAAAAGUAUAUUCAUGCAUUCUAUAUUUGAGUGAUUUAAUAGCUUUUUUCCAAUGCAUAAAGGGAAAAUAAAAACCAUAAUGUUAUUACUAAGGUA